AUGUCAGCAACGUUUAAAAAUGCAAAAAAGAAGCUUUCUCAAACCGAAUUGCGAAAGAUUAUGAAUCAACACAAGGGAAAGGCCCAAAAAGAUGUCAAGAAAAUUGAUUCACCUCUUGCAAAAUAUAAUGAACAGGGACAACUAACUUGCAUAUUAUGUAAAUCAGUGGUUAGAUCAGAGGCAGUUUGGACUAUUCAUAUAAAUGCAAAGCAGCAUAAACAAAAUGUAGAUUUGGCUAAAAAAUUAAAGGAAAGAACUAAUAAUUUUACAAAACCUAUUAAGAGAGCCCUAACACCUCCAAUAGUUAUAGAAGAAGAAGUACCAGAAAAAAAACCCAGGGGAAUAUUAAAAAAUUCUACUUCAAAACCUGAGGAUGUAGGCAGUAGUAAUGGUUUACCAAAUGAUUUUUUUGAUACUUCUAAACCUAAUAAAUCAAACGCUAUCCCUAAAACAACAGCCAAAAUUGUUGAACAAGAAAAAAUGGAAAUUGAAGAGGAUAAUUCUGAAUUACCUGAAGGCUUUUUUGAUGAUCCUAAAUUAGAUGCAAAGGCUAGACAUCAAGAAUAUAAAGAUCCUGUUGAGGAAGAAUGGGACAAAUUCCUUAAAGUUAUAAAAGAAGCUGACAAUCAAAGUAAUGCUAUAAUUGCUGAAGAUCAAGAAGAAUCAACAGCAGAAAGGCAAAUUGAUGAAAUAGAUGAGCAAAUGAAGCAUUUAUCCAAGGUAUUAGAAUUUGAAAAGAAAAAAGAAGAAGUUAUAACUGUUACCAGUGAUUUAAAACCUCUUGAGAAAAUGGAUGAAGAAAAUGAUGAAGCAGAAGAUGAGUUUGAUGAAUAUUUAGAUUGGAGAUCUAAAAAAUCGUUUAAAUAA